CAAGAAGGUCAGAGGGGUCCAUCAUUCUUGGAUAUUCAACUAAUCACUAACACCGAUGUUGAGAAAGCUUCUACGUUCUUUACUGCUGUUUCUGUAGGCAACCUGUGUGGUGCCUUAAUUGGUGGCAUCCUGUACGACAGAUUUAACAAGACGCUUCUUUUGGGCUUAUGUGUAAUCCUCAUGGCAAUCACGGUCGCUGUAUUACCCAUUUGUUCACCAUAUGAACUGAUGCUGGUGAUUUUCUGGGCUAAUUCUUGUUUUAUGGGCGGAUUGAAUGCAGGUGGUAACGCCCAUCUGGUUUCACUAUGGGGAGAAGACGAGGGGAGACCAUACAUGCAGGCCGCUCACUUUACAUUCGCAUUUGGUGGAGUUAUCUCCCCUUUAGUAACAUCUCCUUUCCUUGCACCUAACGCUGAAGAUGUAUCGACCAACUCCUCGUCAAGAAACCUAUCUUCUACUGUUGUAGUCAAUAAUACGCUAUUAGAGUAUAACAUCACCAAUGAUAACUCAACUCCGGGAAACAAUCUCACCACCAUUGCUGAACCUGUUGAAACUAAAUUAAUCUAUGCUUAUAUAAUAUCUGGUGUUGUCACCUUACUAUCCGCCAUUCCUUUCAUGGUGAUAUAUUGUCGUUACAAGUCACAGAAGAUGAAGAGGAAUCAACCCAAGAAGGAUGAGAACAGACCGAUCAGAGAUCUUCCUUGGAAAUAUUAUAUAAUAGCUAUUGUUCUUUUAAAUCUAUUCUAUGUUGCCUAUUGUGUCGUGGAGAACUCCUUUGCAGCUUACUUAAUGACAUUUGUGGUAAUGGAACUCAAAUGGAGCAAGGCGAAAGGUACUCAAAUUACUUCCGUAUAUUGGGCGGCUUUUGCCGUUUCGAGAUUUUCAGGAAUUAUUAUCAUACGUUGUUUACGACCGGUGGUAAUGUUGUUUAUAUGUCUAACAGGUUUAAUUUUAAGCCUCACUGGUUUUUUACUCUGUUCGCAUUAUAAGAUACAUACAGGAGUUUGGAUUUCCACAAUUUUAGUCGGACUUUCAAUGUCUGUUGUAUUUCCUACUGGUCUUACCUGGGCACAAGAAAAUCUCCUCAACAUAACUGGCAAGAUUACAUCUUUAAUUUUAGUGGCCGCGUCAGCCGGCACCGUGAUCAAUCCUGUUAUUAUUGGAUACUUGAUGGAAGAGUUAACUCCCAUGUGGUACUGUUAUUUAUUAGUAGGUGAGAGUAUAUUAUGCUUGACGAUGUUUCUUGUUUUGCUAUUCGUGGCUAAAUAUGUAUCAGGACCCAAACGUAUAGUUACAACUAUUACAAUAGAUGUUCCGUCACCACAAGCAGAAUGUAAUGAUAAUGACAAACCUUUCAUACCAAAUAAUAAAUUACCUGAACUCUGA